GUGAGCCAAAGGUCACUGGCGGAGCUAGCUUCGAUGACGAAUCAUCACCUGCAUUGUCGAUGUUAACUGAAGCCAGAUACUUUGAAGGAGAGUCACAUACAGGGACUGUAACAGCUUCUGAAGUUAGAGGAGAAAGAGGAGCCACAGGUUCUGAAAGAGGAAACACGGGUUCAAGCAGGGAGGUUGUGUUCGUCCCUAUCACCGGAUCCGUCGGUGGCAACGAAAACGACAAGGGCAGAGUCUGAUCAGUUUCAAUCUCCAAACCUUCGACUAACAGAGUCGAUGAAGACGAAGGAAGAGACAGAGAGUUGAAGCUUCUCGAUUUCCGAAGCGGCAAGAACGGAGGAAGAUCGAUCUCUGACGCCAUGAGAAGGGUCAAAGAGGAGGAGUAAGGUUUCUGGUGAGGCCUAUUGGCGACGACUCACACCGGAGGACACCGAACUUCUUUGUCGAUACUGAUCGGAAUUUUUUGAAAAAACACUCUCUCAUGAUGGCAUUUGGCAAAAAGAUUGUUGUAAACUCGUAAGAAGCAGAUCAGACCAAAAGAGAAGAAAAAAUGGCAGGAGGGUCGUUUGGUCCGACCGGUGUAGCUAAGGAAAGAGCAGAACAAUACCAAGGGAAAGUCACUAGCUAUGUCAUCAUCGCUUGCCUUGUUGCUGCUAUUGGUGGAGCCAUCUUUGGUUAUGACAUUGGAGUCUCAGGAGGAGUCACAUCAAUGGAUGAGUUCCUUGAGGAGUUUUUCAAAACGGUUUAUGAUAAGAAGAAGCAAGCUCACGAGAGUAAUUAUUGUAAAUAUGAUGAUCAAGGAUUAGCUGCUUUCACUUCUUCACUCUACUUGGCUGGUUUGGUUUCCACUCUGGCCGCUUCACCGAUUACAAGAAACUAUGGAAGGCGUGCGAGUAUUGUCUGUGGUGGGAUUAGCUUUCUUGUUGGAGCUGCUUUGAAUGCUGGUGCUGUGAACUUACCAAUGCUUCUUGCGGGGAGAAUCUUGCUCGGUGUUGGCAUUGGAUUUGGGAAUCAGGCGGUUCCUUUGUACUUAUCAGAAGUGGCACCAACACAUCUCCGAGGCGGUUUAAACAUGAUGUUCCAGUUAGCUACAACUCUUGGAAUCUUCACAGCCAACAUGGUCAACUACGGUACACAACAGCUCAAGCCCUGGGGAUGGAGACUCUCUCUAGGUUUAGCCGCUUUUCCAGCUCUGCUCAUGACGCUAGGAGGCUAUCUCCUACCCGAGACACCAAACAGUUUGGUCGAAAGAGGCUUAACAGAUAAAGGAAGACAAGUUCUCGAGAAGCUGAGAGGAACCCAAAACGUAGACGCCGAGCUACAAGACAUGGUGGACGCAAGCGAGCUAGCCAACUCCAUCAAACACCCGUUCAGAAACAUCCUCCAGAAACAGCAUAGGCCUCAGCUAGUCAUGGCCGUUUGCAUGCCGAUGUUUCAGAUCCUCACGGGGAUAAACUCGAUCCUCUUCUACGCUCCUGUCCUGUUCCAGACGAUGGGGUUCGGAGGAAACGCUUCUCUCUACUCAUCAGCGUUGACUGGAGCCGUUCUUGUCUUAUCAACGUUGAUCUCAAUAGCGCUGGUGGAUAAGCUAGGACGGCGAGCUCUUCUCAUCAGCGGAGGGGUGCAGAUGAUAAUAUGCCAAGCUAUAGUCUCGGUGAUCUUAGGCCUCAAAUUUGGAGACGACCAAGAGCUCUCUAAAGGGUAUUCGAUAGUGGUAGUCAUCUUCAUUUGUCUCUUUGUGGUUGCGUUUGGAUGGUCGUGGGGACCUUUAGGGUGGACCAUACCGAGCGAGAUCUUCCCGUUGGAGAUUCGCUCGGCUGGUCAGAGUAUUACUGUCGCUGUGAAUCUUUUAUUUACUUUCGUGAUAGCGCAAGCUUUCUUGUCUAUGCUCUGUGCGUUUAAGUUUGGGAUCUUUUUGUUUUUCGCUGGAUGGGUGUUGGUGAUGACUGUUUUUGUUUACUUUUUGUUGCCUGAGACCAAAGGAGUGCCUAUUGAGGAGAUGACACUCUUGUGGAAAAGGCAUUGGUUUUGGAAAAAAGUGUUGCCUGAAGCUGAGAGUAACAAUAGUUCUGUAUGAAAGAUAGAUAAAAGAUAUAGUAAACUGGUUUUGUAAUGUCAUUAGUUUUUUUUUUUAAUGAUUUUGUCAAUAACAAUCAAGAAAGUUUUAUUGCA